AUGAACUUAGCCUUAUGUCACUUGUCAUCAACUGAUGUUGCCAUGCGGAGUUUCACCAAACGGGGGCCAGAACCAGGUGGUUCUAGCGGCGGGUUAGUUGGGUGGUGGUUGUACCACCACAAGUUGGCCUGUCGCCUUCAUCAUGAAGUUGUGCGUCGCUGGGUGACAUACAUUCCAUCAGCUCCCCCUCGACAGUCGACUCCAUCAUCAUCUCGUCCGUCGCAACCUCGAAAACUUUGGGGACCUCAUCGACUUGGUUGGACACCGAAGACUGCAAUCACGACCACCCCUGACCGGUGGGCCGAUAAGCCUAACGCUUGUAAAGGUUAUCCUGUUCGAUUCAUAUUACUGUUUAGGUCAGCUGGUCACACCAGGUAG